GCGGUAGAGGGGGAGGGGGUAUGCUGGGUGCUGUCACUGGAGCCAGGCGCGCGCUCACACACAAGUUCUGAGCUGUGAACCUGUUCGGCCCGCGCGGACGGAGGCGUGUCGCUCCGGCUGUCAUCUUCCAUGGGCGGCCUCUUGUAGACGCGCCUGAAAUGCAGAACACGGCCCACUAAACACUGCCAGGCACAACCACUGCGUUUAGGAGUUCAUCCCCCUAAUCUCUGCGCCCCCAGAUUCAGGCAGAUCAUCAUAGAGGACCCAAGACUCCAAAAAUGUUUCCUCUGAAGGAUGCUGAAAUGGGCGCCUUUACUUUCUUUGCCUCGGCUCUUCCACAUGAUGUUUGUGGAAGCAACGGCCUUCCUCUCACACCAAACUCCAUCAAAAUCUUAGGUCGCUUUCAAAUCCUUAAGACCAUCACCCAUCCCAGACUGUGUCAAUAUGUGGAUAUUUCUAGAGGAAAGCAUGAGAGACUGGUGGUGGUGGCAGAGCACUGUGAGCGGAGUUUGGAAGACCUUCUACGGGAAAGGAGACCUGCAAGUCACUCAGCAGUUCUGUGCAUAGCAUAUGAGGUACUUGAGGGCUUGCAGUACUUGAACAAGCAUGGCAUAGUACACCGGGCCUUGUCUCCUCAUAAUAUCCUGUUGGAUCGGAAGGGUCACAUUAAACUGGCUAAAUUUGGACUUUAUCACAUGACAGCCCAUGGCGAUGAUGUCGAUUUCCCAAUAGGGUACCCCUCCUAUCUGGCUCCUGAGGUGAUUGCACAAGGCGUGUUCAAAAGCACUGAUCGUGUGCCCAGUGAAAAGCCAUUGCCCUCCGGCCCCAAAUCAGAUGUAUGGUCUCUUGGGAUAAUUUUAUUUGAGCUUUGUGUGGGGAGAAAAUUGUUUCAGAGCUUGGAUAUUUCUGAAAGACUAAAAUUUUUGCUUACUUUGGGCUGUGUGGAUGAUACUCUAAUCGUUCUGGCUGAGGAGCACGGGUGUCUGGACAUUAUCAAGGAGCUUCCUGAAAAUGUGCUAAGUAUUUUGAAGAAGUGCCUCACCUUCCAUCCGUCUAAGAGGCCAACCGCAGAUGAGCUAAUGAAGGACCAGGUGUUCAGUGAGGUGUCACCGUUGUACACCCCCUUUAUCAAGCCUGCCAGCCUGUUUUCAUCUUCUCUGAGAUGCGCUGAUUUAACUCUGCCCGAGGAUAUCAGUGCCGUGUGCAAAGAUAUAGAUGAUGAUUACCUGGCGGAGAGAUCUAUUGAGGAAGUUUACUACCUUUGGUGUUUGGCUGGGGGAGACCUGGAGAAGGAGCUGAUAAACAAGGAAAUUAUUCGAUCCAAACCACCUAUCUGCACACUUCCGAAUUUUCUCUUUGAAGAUGGAGAAAGUUUCGGACAAGGUCGAGAUAGAAGCUCACUCUUAGAUGACACCACUGUCACGUUGUCUUUGUGCCAGCUAAGAAACAGAUUAAAAGAUGUUGGCGGGGAAGCAUUUUACCCAUUGCUUGAAGACGACCAGUCAAGUUUACCGCACUCGAACAGCAAUAACGAGUUGUCUGCAGCUGCUUCCCUGCCUUUAAUCAUCAGAGAGAGGGACACAGAGUACCAACUAAACAGGAUUAUUCUCUUUGACAGGCUGUUGAAGGCUUACCCAUACAAAAAAAAUCAAAUCUGGAAAGAAGCAAGAGUUGACAUCCCUCCACUUAUGCGGGGUUUAACCUGGGCUGCUCUUCUGGGAGUUGAGGGAGCUAUUCACGCCAAGUACGAUGCCAUUGAUAAAGACACUCCGAUUCCCACAGACAGACAAAUUGAAGUGGAUAUCCCUCGCUGUCAUCAGUAUGACGAACUCUUGUCAUCACCAGAAGGCCAUGCAAAGUUCCGGCGUGUGCUGAAAGCUUGGGUGGUUUCUCAUCCUGAUCUUGUGUACUGGCAAGGUCUUGACUCACUCUGUGCUCCAUUCCUGUAUCUAAAUUUCAACAAUGAAGCUUUGGCGUAUGCAUGCAUGUCUGCUUUUAUUCCCAAAUAUCUGUAUAACUUCUUCUUGAAAGACAACUCACAUGUAAUACAAGAGUACCUGACUGUGUUCUCCCAGAUGAUCGCCUUCCAUGAUCCAGAGCUGAGUAAUCACCUCAACGAGAUUGGCUUCAUCCCUGAUCUCUACGCCAUCCCGUGGUUUCUCACCAUGUUCACUCAUGUAUUUCCACUGCACAAAAUUUUCCACCUCUGGGAUACGUUAUUGCUUGGAAAUUCCUCUUUCCCAUUCUGCAUUGGGGUGGCUAUCCUCCAGCAGCUGCGGGAUCGUCUUUUGGCUAAUGGCUUCAAUGAAUGCAUCCUUCUCUUCUCCGACUUACCAGAAAUUGACAUUGAACGCUGCGUGCGAGAGUCGGUCAAUCUGUUUUGCUGGACUCCUAAAAGUGCUACAUACAGACAGCAUGCUCAGCCUCCAAGGCCGCCCUCUGAGAGCAGUGCUGUCCGAAGCUCAUCAGCGCCUUACUUCUCUGCCGAGUGUACUGAUCCUCCAAAGACAGACCUGUCAAGAGAAUCCAUCCCUUUAAGUGACCUGAAAUCGGAAGUGUCACCGCGGAUUUCAGCAGAGGACCUGAUUGAUCUGUGUGAACUCACAGUCACAGGCCACUUCAAAACCCCCACCAAGAAAACCAAGUCCAGUAAACCCAAGCUCCUGGUGGUCGACAUCCGAAACAGUGAGGACUUUCUUCGAGGUCACAUUGCAGGCAGCAUCAACAUCCCUUUCAGCGCAGCGUUCACGGCGGAAGGAGAGCUCAGCCAGGGCCCUUACACCACCAUGCUGCACAGCUUCAAGGGGAAGGUCAUUGUGAUUGUGGGGCACGUGGCUAAGCAAACAUCCGAGUUUGCAGCUCACCUUGUGAAGAUGAAAUAUCCAAGAGUCUGCAUUCUAGAUGGCGGCAUUAACAAGAUCAAGCCAACGGGCCUCCUCACGGUCCCCUCUCCUCAGAUAUGAAGGACUGAGUGCCUGGCUGACAAGACAGAGUGCCAUCACCCCUCACAGCCCAUCUAACUGGGACACGAGUGGACACCCAGACCACUGCAUUGUGACAUUUUCUCAUUUACUUUUGUAAAUCGUGACUCAAAUGGUCACCUAUCUAGGCAAGAAAUGUGAUUAUACAUGUAUUGCUGAAAGAAUUUUAAUAGUGAAAUCUGAUCAUGAAGUAUUUCCACACUGCCACAUAAAGCCAGAGGAAUUCAGCUGACAGGGCAGAUUGAGCACUAUCAAGAGUCCAAGAUGAACUGAGAAAGCUGCCGUCCACUGCCCUGAGCAGACCGUCCUAACAAAGGUGUGCAGAGAAUUUGAUGUAUUCACCACCUCUUGACAGCAAAAAUUAGAAAGCUACUCACAGUAGAUGUAUUUGGUAACUCACAAACAAGGGGUGUGUGUGUGUGU